GUCUUCUCACCAACCAUCUCUCCAAUCCUUUCACGGCCAUUUCCUAAUCCCACCGCUCCAAGACGCCAAGCAGGGCAUCACGAUCCAUCCAAACCCGACCUCCCUGGAGAAAUCCCCUCCCGUCAAAAUCCUCCAAUAGCCGAGAUGCUCUCCCCCCACAUUAGCGCCGACUCUCCCGCGCUCCCACGCUGGCGGUCAGCACAACCAUGCUCCUGUCGCUGCCAGGUCCAUGGCCGCGCGUCGAGCCCGUGCGCUUGAAUCGUCUCCCGCACUGCAAAGGCCGGCUACUCUCGCUUCUCCGUAGCCGGCGGCUUGGCGUGUGCAUGGCCGAGAUGACCAGGGUCGGGAGCGGGUCGCCCCGGGAGGUUGGGGUUUCUGCUGGGGACGGGGAGGGGGAUGCGAUGCUGGGAUGCGAGAAGUUGCCCGGUCCGAGGGCGGCGGCGGCGGCGACGGCGACGACCCGGUGGACGCACGUCGAGGUGGCGCUGAAUCGUAUGAGUAAAUGGCUGGUGUCUGCUUCUUUUGCUUUUGCGGCUCUUUGGAAGCAUGAUGGUGAAAUUAUGUGGGCUUUGAUGGGUGCAGUUGCAAACACUGUGCUUUCAUCAGUUCUUAAAAAACUGCUCAACCAUGAAAGACCAGCGCCAGCUUUGCGGUCUGAUCCUGGGAUGCCAUCAUCCCAUGCCCAAUCCAUUUUCUAUGCUGCAACAUUUCUAGUUCUUUCAGUGUUCUAUUGGCUUGGACCAAAUUAUCUGGCAAUGAUUAUUGGGGCUACAACUAUAGCAUCAGCCUCCUAUCUAUCGUGGCUACGGGUGUCGCAGCGUCUUCACACAGUGAACCAGAUUCUCGUGGGCGCUACUGUGGGAUCGGCCUUCAGUGCUAUGUGGUUUGCGCUCUGGCAUCUGCUAGUGCGGGAAGCAUUUGCCUCCUCGUUGUGGGUCCAAAUUCCAGUCGUCCUUGGUUCAGUAGUGUUCUGUGUUGCCUUCGUCGUCUACAUCAUUCAGCACUGGCUUAAGGAUGAGUAAUGAUACAGAUAACGACAACAGGUUAAUGGACGCUGAAACAAUCGGGAACAGAAGGUUUUAUCCGCACUCUCUGGGAAUUACACGCAGAAAGGAGCUCGCAUGAUGGUUCACUGGACGGAACAGAAAGCAAUUUUGAUUUACUACUGUAUAUCAUUGAUCCGUGUAACAAACAAUUGGCGCUUGCCUGCUCGGAUCGUUCAUUCAUCCUUCCCUUUUUGCGGAUACAGUUGAUGCUGAUGCAAUUCUAGAUGUAAGUCAUGUAACACGGUAAUAUGCAGUUGAUGCUGAUGCAAUUCUGGGUGUAACACAGUAAAUGAUUUGGUAUCAUCAUCUUGUGCAAUACGAGAUUUUUUGAUACAUUAAUGAAUUCUUACUGGCUUUGUUUA